AUGAAUCAGCUGUGCAAAGUGUGCGGCGAGCCAGCUGCCGGCUUCCACUUCGGAGCCUUCACCUGCGAGGGAUGCAAGUCGUUCUUCGGCCGGACGUACAACAACCUGUCGCAGGUGCACGAGUGCAAGAACGGCGGCCAGUGCGUCAUCAACAAGCAGAACAGAACGUCGUGCAAGGCCUGCAGACUCCGCAAGUGCAUCAUGGUCGGCAUGUCCAAGAGUGGGUCAAGGUACGGCAGACGCUCCAACUGGUUCAAGAUCCACUGCCUCCUCCAAGAGCAGGCGGCCUUCAACGGGCAGACCCCCGCUCUUCGCAGUCCCAUCACCCCCACGCUGCAGGACGGGUCGCUGCCCUUCGUGUCGGCUCAUCUCCGGGACUCCAUGGGGCGGGACGGCCCCGUGCGAGCCGCGCCCCAACUACAGGGGCCUCCGGAGCUGCACGGCCAAGAUCUCCAAACCUCUCUGUCUGGUUUGUCAACCAGGUCACAGCUGAAUGCGGUAUCUUUACAUAGAAGCCAAAAUUCCUCUCUGAUUUACGUUGACGAAGAGUUCCUUACCAUCAACAGCAAUCAGAAUACCAUAGGCAAGAAUUCAGUUUAUUUCUGGGUUCAACAGGCGAAGCAGAAGUGGAACUACAUACAAGUGGAGCGACGCCUGCAAGAGGAAGCCCUGAGCGCCCUCUCGCGCGGCCAGGGGCACCACCCUGCCAGCCCCGACUUCGAGUCCCAUUACAGAGAGCAGGUCCUGGAAGCCCUCAGGCGCUCGCAGAACCUCGGCAGCCUCCGAAGGACGCCCGACUUCGACGCCCUUAGGAGGUCCAUGGAGAUCGACCCCCUGCGGCGCACCCACGACUUGGAUGCCCUUGACGCCCUCAGGCAAGUCGCCCCCGAGGUCGAGGCAAGACUCGGGCCGCUUGCCGUCCUCGAAUGGGAGAGGAGAAUACGAGAGGUUUCGAGGAGGAGUGACACGGAGGUCACCCUCGAGAGAAAGGAUCAGCUGUCCAGCGAGAUCAAGGGCGAACAGCUCCGGUCGCCAGCUGAGUGCUGCAUGGAAUCUGCGAGCGGAGGCUCCAAGGGCGGUCACCAAAGCGAGCACGAGGUGGUUUCAUCGGUCAAGGAGGAAAUCCUCAAGCCGGAAUACGAACAGACCGAACUGGCCCUGUCGGUCCACAACGACGUGGAGAAGAGUCGGCGGGAGACGCCGCCGAAAUUCGCGUCUGAGAAAAAGGGCGUCGGGAUCCUCAUGUCGGAGGAGGAGCGUCUGUCCUUCCUCAAAGCAGUCAACAGUCAGACCUCUGUGUACACGCGCGACCAAGCCCCGGUGACGUCAUCGGCGAGAAUGCCGACCAAUGCAGACCUCCUGUACAAUUCUCUCAAUAACAACAUUUUCCCGUUCCCUCCCUACCCUCCGCUGUGGCCGUCCAUGCUCCCCUUCCCUCCGCUGGCCAAGUUCUACCCCUCCUUCGGCGGAGCCCUUCCCCCGAGCGCCAUCGACGGCUUCAAGAGCACGAUAUACAGCCCGCUCGACGCCACGAGCUCCAGGUCGCCGCUGCGACUCCCCAAGGACGACGCCAUGACCAAGAAGCGAUUCCUGGACGCCGUGCUGCAGGUCCAGAGGCAAGACAGCAACCCCCACGACGGGGGCGCAGCCGGAAGAGGGCUAUCCCAGGCCCAACCAAGCGUGUCCCCGGCAGCCUCGCCUCCCGCCCCGCCCGUGACCUCCGCCGCCGCCUCACACGACCAGCCGAUGGACCUCACCGUUAGAAGGAAGAGGAAGAUGGACAAGAGUGAGAUCAUUUAUAAUCCCAGUGAUGAUAUCGCCGACGUUGUGGAGAGUGAGGAUGAAAAGGCAGAUGAGAAAUGGCUGAAGAGGACUGACGAAGAGGAAGAACCGGUUGAAGAGGAGGAAGAGGCCAAGGCAAGUGAUAUGAUUGAAAGUGAAACACAGAUGAAACCCACGAAAGCAGAAGUUCCUCUUAAACUGAUAAAACUUGAUUCCCCCGGGGAAACACUUGUGGCGUAA